GUCUACCGCAACAAGCAAUUCUCUCCUCCAUCUCCAACCAACCUUAACUAACUCGGUUGCCUGAAUUCCUUUUGAACUUGAUUUGUUACACAGCCUUUCGCCAUCCGGAUGACGAUGGGCAACGCUUUCCUUUGGUAGGUAGGAAUAGUAAUACCUACCUACCGUCUCUUAACCUGCUUUUGCCAUCGCUCUUUGCAUAGGCAACAGCAUAGCCUCUCGUCACGUUCGCCUCAGCAGCAAGCUCAUAUAUUCCCCUCGGAUUUUUGACACCAAGCUUUGUGUUACUCUCGACCUCUGGCUAGUCCAUCUCUAAUCUCGCAUCUCCUAUUAUUUUUCUUUCUCAUUCCUUAAUCUUGAGUCCAUCUUUUGAGUUAACACGAUCUUGUCUCUCGUCCCCUUGUCUAUCACGCUGUCAUUUUUUGCCCGGAUAUAUCCUUCCCGUUGCCCCGAGCAGCUAUUUUAGUGAAAGCCAAAAUGUUGAAACCGUUUCAGAUAAGAGAUCUUCAUCGAUCUUCAUCCCAAGACAAUCUCGCUGCAUCUCAUAAUCUUGAUCAUGCCGUGGUAGAAGACCGCAGCACCCUUCAGAGUUGCCAUCAGGGCAUUGUCCGGUUGUCUGCUACCGACUAUGAUGAGAUAACGGUGAACCAUCCUAGAGCCCGGCUUACAUACGUCGACGAGGAUGACGACGAGCUCAUCACGGUGGGGUCAUCUCUCGAGCUUUCCCAACGUCUAGAAGAACCCGUUGAUACUUCUGCCAAUUCACAACCGACGCUGGAAUCUAUCGCCCCUGAGCCGAUGCAUAUAUUUGACAUCCGACGGUCUAAUUCAGUGAAGAAUCUAUGGAAGAAGUUUGAAUAUAAGCCCCACUUAGAAGACGGUCAGGAUAGGAAUGAGAUCGGCACGGGGCCUACAGCUGCGGAUGCUUCUCAGUCUAAUGCACAAGAGGAGCCUAGCACCAGUCGCGAAACUCCUGGCCCCGCUACGACCGAUGAUCCAGAACCGCUCUUGGCUGCAUUUGAGGCUGAGAUGGCCAGAAUUCUGAAUGCCACUAACACCGUCCGUGAUGGUAACUCUCAACCAGAACCUCCAGCUGAGCCGCCAGCAAGAGCCGAAUCCAACGACCGACGUCAGCAUCCGAGCGAUGCUUUUGCACAUGCUCUGCAUAAUCUGGUGGAGGGUGCCGAAAUGAUUAGUGCUGGCGUGAGAUCUAGGCUACCUGAAUUCGAGCGGCAGUUACAGAAUGUUCAGCGCACUCUUCCAGAACAUGUUGGGUCUUCGGUGCAAGUAGCCCUUGCAGCUCUGGACAGUCAGGCGAGGAGCUUAAUCCAAGCACUCAAUAACGCAUCAACUGUGGGAGGACAAAGGGCGGGAAAUCUUUUCCAAACUGAACUACCUACCCCAGCCGCAACUAUAGAGGGUCUUCGUAAUAUGGCAUCUGAACUUGGCCACAUGGGAAACACAUUAUUUGAGGCUUUCGAAUCCGAGUUUAGGUGCAAUGCCUCAAGAAGCCAAGACCAGGGAGCCCCUGGAAAUCCACAACAAACUGAGCUUGCUGCUGGUGCCCGGUCUAAUAUCCCGGCAGCAUCACUCGAAGCUCAGCAAUCCAAUCCAGCCGCAAACUGCGAGAACGAGAAAGAACCUUUGGGCAUCAACACACAAGCUGCUCCAUCGACGCAGGUUGGAUCACCGGAAAGCUCAGUACUGCCCACGAAUCGCAACGCCGAUUCUUCGAUGGCGACACACCAACAGCCGGAGUCAUCGUCGCCGACAAUCCCACCAAGCCCAGAUGUUCAUGCGCAGUUUCCAAGCUUAUGGAACAGAUCACAUCCCCUACCUCACAGACCUCAUCCCUCGCCCCGCAAUGUCCAACCUCCAUUUGCCACACCAAACACGUUUUAUCCUCCCCCGACAUUCCCAGUGCCGCCUCCUUUACCUUCCGUGUUCUGGCCACAUGGACCUCUUCCACCUCAUGGACAUCCUCACGGACCUCCUCCUCCGCCUCCUCCGCCUCCUCAUCAUCACCAUCAUCAUCAUCAUCCUCCUCCGCCUCCGCCUCCUCCACCACAUGGCUUCCAUCCUCAUUCUCCUCAUCCCGGCGCUCCUCACCCACAUGCCCACCCUCAUGCGCCACACCACGGGCCUUUUUAUCCCCCAGCAAAUGCUUUACCUGUACCUGUACCUCCGCGACCACGACGCCACCGGCAUAGAGAAUGGCCUGCGUCCCACCAUAGGCAGAAUGGCAAUGGAGCAGCCGCACCUGAGGCAAUCCACCUAUCUCAACCUGACUCACCCUCUUCUUCCACAGCUCGCUCUGCCGAAACAUCACUUUUCAUUGGGAAUGUGGGAUUCGGUGUUCACGAAGCAAUGAUCCGCGAUGUUUUCGCUUCCAAGGGAUUUUUAGUCGAUGUACAUCUGCCGCUAGAUGCAGAGACGGGAAGACACGCAGGCUUUGGCUACCUGCGCUUUCCUUCCAUCCACGCAGCAAAAGCGGCGUUGGACGCUUUGCAAGGUGCUCAUAUAGAUGGACACUCAAUCAAUCUUGAGAUCAGUGAUCACUCACCGAUCACCACGCUGGACACAUCACAGGGCCGCGAAGAAAACUCUAAUCAGCCGCCAGCGCCAUCUGAGCUUCAGUCUUCCUCUAUUGCCCCAACUAGAGCGAGGCAGGCGUCUGAACCGCAAACUAGUGGAGAACAUGGUUCAUCCGACGAGCAGAGAUCGGCGCCCUUGACCGUAGCGGACCUCUGCUCGAGUGAUACCCGCCACUUGUCUAGGGCGUCUUCUAGCGAUACCAGUUUGGUUGGCUCCUCACUUUUAGACUCGGAACGACUCAAUACUCUAUAUCCCUCUCUUUUGCCUGAAGGUUCUCCUCAACAACCUAUGGUAAGCGGCAACACAUCUACACAACUUCCAGAUCUCAGCCGCGAGCCGGAGGAACGCCGUUUCCCACCAGUGUCACAAUUAGAUGCGCACUUUCUGGCCGAACGACGCGGCGGGGCAGAAUCGUCUAGUGAAACCUCCACUCCAAGAACUAGAUCAACUUUCCGGAGCGGUGCCGAAAUCAACAGCCAUGACAGUUUGUAUGGGCCGACACCACAAAACCUUCCCGGUGCAUUUCCCCAAGACGCUCAAGAUAGUUUCCAACCACGCCCUUCAUCGCUAGAAACCGAUGCUACACAGCAGCAAGGCGACAACGAUCGUAUGCCUACCUCAUGUUAUCGCCGUCGCCCCAGGACUGUGAGAUCUUUUCAUCCGUCGCGAAGACAUUCGGGUCCGUGGGAUACCCUACGGGCUGAAGAGACUCAUGAUAAUACCAGGCCACUGAGGCGACGGGCUACUGAACGUCAUUCCCUCCGGGAUGGCCGGGAGAUGAGCUCGACGAAUACCUUCAAUCGGCGAUCUUACCGCAGUGAUGCCAUACCCCGCCCAAACGCGUCUACGGCUGAGAGUGGCACUGGAAGGCAACGCAGCAUUGAUGACUGUGUGUCUGCACUGGCUAGCUUAGGUUAUGGAGGCGCGGAGGAAGGCGGGCUCCAGAGGAUUGCUGUGUAUGCAGCAGCAGUGGAUGGCAGGGUAUCGGACGCUAUCGAGAUGAUUGAGGAAGAACGGAAAGCUUACGAGCAACAAGGAUCAGUGAGGUGAUAACUGCAUUCCUUUGCCGGAUUACUUUUGAAAUAUCUCACUAUCUAGGAUUGAGUCUGCCACUUGUUUAUUCUCCGUAUUCCUGUUUCCUAUGUAUUACUUCGUUGGGGGUUUGGUGUUCAGGAAUGAUCGCGUGUGUUCUCUACCACUGUAGUUCCACUCAGGUGUAAGCGGGGCUUUUUUAUUUUUUCCCCUUAACAAUUUGAUAUAAAAAUCUUAUGCUUCUUUUGAAA